AUGCGGUGCUUUAUACUAGCUCUGCAGGUCUUGGCGGCAGCGACAUCUGCCGUUGCCCAAGCUCCGAAACCUGGGAAGGACGGGAAGUACACGAUAUCUUCAUCGGGAAUAAAGGCGCAGUUCAUUCCAUAUGGAGCUACGCUCACUAACCUCUUCGUCAAAGAUAAGAAUGGAGAAGAUGUUGACGUAGUGCUCGGAUACGAGGACAUAGAAUAUUAUCCUAAGGACCCAGGACAUCCAGUGUAUAACAGUAUCCCUGGCCGUUAUGUCAAUCGCAUUGGGAAGGGCAAGUACACGAUCGACAAUACAACGUACACUACCCAGAUAAACGAUGGGAGCAACACGUUACAUAGCGGCACGAACAACUGGUCGUACCGCGUGUGGAACGUGACUGAUGCCACCGAGGACUCCAUCACCUUCACCGUCAAGGAUGCGUCGAACUCGUCCCAAGGAAUGUUUGGUCUUGUCCACGGCCAAGUGACGUAUAGCGUCAAAGGGGGUACAUGGAAGAUCAAGAUGGAGGCGACGUCGCCUGAGGCUAGGACUCCGCUCAUGCUAACCCAGCACACCUACUUCAAUCUGGAUGCCUUCAAGAACCCAGACACGGACCAGAUUUGGAACCACACUCUAUACUUACCGUACUCGAAGCGGUACUUGGUCGCGGACGACGGCGCCUUGCCUACGGGCAAGAUUGGAACUGCGGAGCCUAACAGCAUCAACGAUUUCUUCAGCCGCUCUGGCCUAUUCCUGGGCCAUGCGCGAAGUGACCCUAAGUUUUCUGGGAACUGCGGCGGUGGCGGCGCUUGUGAGGGUUAUAACGGCUACUUUUUGAUCGACGGUGCGCCAAAGGAUGCCGUUGUCGUCAGUUUGGCUAGUGCCUUUUCUGGCAUCACCGCCGAUCUACGCACCGAUCAGCUUGGAGUUGUGCUGUAUUCGUGCAAUUGGAUGGAUGGGACCGCUGACUUGAAGAGUACGCAAGGUACUAAGACCAUCAAAAAGGUGGGAAGGAGUUCUUGCGUCGCUAUCGAGGCUCAAGAUUAUGUGGAUGGCAUUAAUCACCCUGAAUGGGGACGAGUCGAGGAGCAGAUUACCGGACCAGGCCAGAAAUACUCAUGGGAGAGUUCAUGGACGUUUGGAACCCUUUGA